AUUUUCGACUAUUUCGAGUGAACGGGUCUAGAAAUAGUAGAAAUGGCUGCGAGAAGAAUCACUCAAAGUGCCAUCAACUGGUCCGCUCUUGGCGAAAGAGUACCAGAACACCAAAGGGCCCAAUUCUUGCUCUUCAAAGCCAAAUCGGAUGGCUACCUGAGACGUGUAUUGGCAAAUCCUGAACAGCCUCCAGCAAUCGACUGGUCAUUUUACAAGUCCAAAGUGCCCAUUGCUGGCAUGGUAGAUGAAUUCCAGAAACAGUACAGCGCUUUGAAGAUUCCUUUCCCAGCAGACACUGUCAGUUCUUUGAUUGAUGCUCAGGAAAAGGAGAUCAAGAGUGACAUUGAAAAGUUCAAGACAGAUUCCAAUGCACGCAUUGCUGAGUACAAGAAGGAAUUGGCACACAUUGCCAGCCUCAUUCCUUAUGAUCAAAUGACAAUGGAGGACUACCGUGAUGCUUACCCAGAAGAUGCUUUGGACCCACUCAACAAACCCACCUUCUGGCCCCAUACUAAGGAGGAACAGCUGGACUAUGUUGAACCAGAUUCCCCACAAGCAUCUAGCCACUAGAAAGCUGUUCACAAUUUAGUUUUCCCUUUGUGAAAUAAUUGAUAUUGUUUGUUGAUGUCUUGUAAUAUCAGAUACUUCUAUUAAAAUAGGUCAAACACUGCUGUGUGGUUUUGUGGAUGGUUGUUUAUUUGAUAGCAUCCACAUUUAAUGAAGAAAUUUGAAGAAUUGAAAAAUAAAUUGAUAGAUGAGCAA